AUGAAUGAAAGCAUUUUUCAAGGAGUUAGAGCACUUAUACUUUCAGGAUUUGGAGGCUUUACUAACAUUAGUAGAGAUAUUAUAUCAAAAAAUAUAGAAAAGAAUGGUGGAGUCAUAUUAAAGUCCUCAGGUGAAAUUUUAUCAUCUAUUACACAUUUAAUUGUAUAGCUUCAGCACUUAUUUAGAGUUUCGAUCAAUACCUUUGAAUCAAUAAAAAAUUAUUCUUGAUAGAUAUUUAUCAGUACAAUCCAAAUUCUUGCUUAAGCUAUACCAAGAGAUGCUCCAAUUUUAAAAAUAUUAGAGAAAUUGAAAACUAAAGAACUUCCACAAUGCCAUAUAGUAAUUCAAGACUGGGCAACGGAGUCAUUAAAACAUAAAGCUUUAUGCUCAGAAGAUCAAUUCAAAUGGCAGCCAUAUAACGAAACCAAUAAGCCUACAUCUUCAACAGAUAUCACUCUUCCAGUUAAAAAUAAAGAGCCACCUCAAUUUAUUGAUGUUCCAGUAACAAAAAUUCCAAAGAAAAACGAUAUGACCUUUCACAGUAUUUCAAAUCAACCUAUUUUUGAUGAUGAAAAUACAGCGGCAAAUAAUGAGCAAAAAGAGCCUCAAAAGCCUAGCUUUGAAGAAAUGGUAAAUGCAAUCAAAGAAGAAGAGCAGGCAGAAGAGUUAGCGAAGUUUAUUAAUGACCAAAACAAAAAAAUGAAUGAAAGAUAUUCAAGUUUAAAACAAUAUACCUAUUUUAAGGCCAAAUCUUAUGGAAUUAAUCAUAAUGAGCAUAUUACAAGCAUUUUAGAACAACUUAUGAACUAUUAUGAGUUACUAAAAUUCCUUGGCUAAAUUUUCUAUGGCCGUUAUACGCGCCAUUUUCAUAUGAAAUUUCAAAUUAUGAAUUUACCGCACUAAAAUCUGCUUUUUGAAACAUAUAUAUUUGAUUUCCACAUACCAAAUUCAAAAUGACAUGCAAAUGCAUGAUAAAGGCAGGAUGUUUGCUUAUCGUUAUGCUGUAGCUAAAAUAAAAGAUUAUCCUCAAAAAAUAACAGAACCAGAACAAGUGAAAGGGAUAAACAAAAUUGGGGCAAAAAUCCAAAAAAAAAUCAUUGAAAUUUUGGAAACUGGGACUUUAAGGCGAGUAGAAGCAAUGAAAGAGCAAGGAAGAUUAAAAUUAUUAGACGAAUUUGGGAAAAUAUGGGGGGUAGGGCCUUCUGCUUCUGACAAAUUAAUUGGUUUAGGCUAUAAAUCAGUAGCCCAAAUCAAGCAAAAUCCCCCAUCAUUUUUGAAUGAAAACCAAAGAAUUGGCCUUGAAUUUUAUGAAGAAUUUUUAAAUAGGAUUCCAAGAGCUGAAGUCCAAAGAAUAACAGAAAUCGUCGAAGGAGUAGCAAAAGAGCUUGCAAAAGAGCUUGCAAAAGGAAGAGAACUGACAGCAAUUUCAUGCGGCUCAUAUAGAAGAGGAAAAGAAACGUGUGGAGACGUCGACAUUUUAAUGACUUUUGAAGAUAUGGAGCCUCAUCAAGGCUUUUUGACAAAGCUUAUUCAGAAACUGUUCGAAAUUGGCUUAAUCACUCAUCAACUUGUAAUAUCUGAUGAAGAAGUUGUAAGAAAGCAUGAUAAUUCGUCGUUUGAAGGAGUUGCUAUGCUCCCAGGAGGGCUGCAUAGAAGGCUAGAUAUCAAAAUAUAUCCAAGAAAAUUUUAUGCAUGAGCAUUAAUGCAUUUUACUGGUUCGGCACAAUUUAAUAGAAGCUUGAGAUGGUUUGCGAAAUCAAAGGGUUUCAGACUUUCAGAUGAAGGUAUAUUCCCUGCUAUUAGAAGCAAUGGGGAAACAGUUAUAGGAUCUAGCAGUGUAGUGUGUUAUACAGAAGAAGACAUUUUCCAAUUGUUUGGGAUGCCGUAUAAAACUCCUGAAGAGAGGGACAUCUAA